AUGGGUAGAAUGCAUUCCAACGGCAAAGGUAUUGCUCGUAGAUGUCUUCCAUAUAGAAGAACUCCUCCUAGCUGGGUUCAAAUUUCAACAGGCGAAUUGGUGGAACAGAUUGUUAAAUUGGCCAAGAAAGGUACCUCACCAUCUCAAAUCGGUGUCAUUCUUAGAGACAACUACGGAAUUCCUCAAGUCAAGGGAGUCACAGGAAAUAAGAUUCUCAGAAUCUUGAAGAAGAAUGGAUUAGCUCCUUAAAUCCCAGAAGACCUUUACCAUCUGAUCAAGAAAGCCGUCAACGUCAGAAAGCAUUUGGAGAGAAACAGAAAGGACAAGGAUGGUAAGUUCAGACUCAUUCUCGUUGAGAGCAGAAUCCACAGACUCGCUCGCUACUACAAAAGAACCAAGCAACUCCCACCCACAUGGAAGUAUGAGUCAAAGAAAGCCGAUGCCCUUAUUUCAUGA